CCUGUCUGCGCCUCCCGCCGCCCGCUGCUGCCCGCUGGGCUUUCCCCCCCUCCUUCCCAAUUGAGUUUGGGCGCCAAGCCCCCGAGUGCUCGUCACGCUGGACCCUGGCACGGAACCCUGGCAUCACGACUCGGAGGCCGAGAUUCUCCCCUGGAGUCACCCAGGUCUGCUGUGUGUUGUGUGAGUGCGUGAGUGUGUGUGUGUGUGUGCGUUCCCAGAUUUUAGCUUUCGAAGAGGUUCAGAAUGUCUGGCUACUGCCUUCUCCUAGGAGGAGGAGGUGUCCGAGUUCAGCAUCCCUGUUAGCGUCCGUAAGGGCUGGGAUGGCUCCAGCAGGUUUUAGGUCUCCUUGCUAGGACUACUCCUUUGGUAGUGCACUUAGGACGUGCACCCCUGCUGCCUGUUUGGACACCACCUCUUCAGCUCGGGGGAAGGGGAGAAGUCUCUUUACUGUAUCCCAGUUUGCACUUGAUCUUGCCCAGCACCCCUCUGAAGGCUCCCACCUGCAGAAGAGCCCUCUGUAGUUCCUGUGGAGAGUGGGAAGGGUCCCCCUAGGCUGGCAGACCCACACCCUCUGACUGCACCUCCCCCACUGUCCAGUGCAGGCAAGGGCUGAACUUUGGGGCUUUGCUGGGAGGGGGUGGGAGAGGUGAUAAGCUUCAAAGGAAAAGCCAAGACAAUGACUGCUGCUUGCUAUUGGCUUUGGAGGGCCCCAUCUUAGGUUGGGAUUGCCAGCUUGCAUAGAGGAGGUGGAAGGGCAGGAGGGGAGUCCCUGCCAGGUGACUGAAAGGACAGUGCUUGGUCCUUUCUGCAGGAUGCCUUGUUUCCUGGCACUGAUAAACUAGUUCUGUCACACCUUUUAGGAAAACACUGUCCCAAGAACACCAUGUGCCUUUUUUUGCCAUCCAAAUGGGCAGCGAAGAGGUCAGGAUAGGGACCAUAGAUAGCUCAAGGACAGGAUGGGACGGAGGGAGAUCCUUUAAGCAGGUGCCUUAAAGAAAGCUUGCAUUUGAGAAAGCCAUGAUUCUUGAAUUAACUGAGCUUCCUCUAAGUACUUUACCAACCCAAAGACCAUUUGGCUUGUUCUUCAAGGGCAAGAGACUGGAAGACAGAAUUCCCAGGGGACCUCUAAUUGACUCUGGCAGUGACAAACACCAUCUCUCCGUAUCCUUAGCCAUUCAGGUGGUUGCUUUUCUGACUGCCCCAGGGACCCUGAGGGGUUCCUGGUGUGUGUAUAGGGGACUGACUUUGAGCGCAAGAAGCUGGGUGACUGCAAGCUCAUACUUCCAAGAGCCAUCAAGUGGCGCAAGUGGAACUUCUUUGUCACCAAGAAACUCAUAUCAACAACCUGAGUUCAGGCCACAAGUGAGGUCACAGAGAGAGGGCUGAAUUUCACUUCCUUCUAUGAGGCAGGUUGUAUGCAUCUCAGGUUCGGCGCUGGCAGGAAUGGUAGGCUGUGGGGAAGGAUUUGAAGUUGUGGAGAUUAGUGACUCCACACUGAGCUGGGGAAUUCUGGGCACUUUGCUGGAUGCCGGACCUCUCCUCGGCUAAGCUGUGGUAGGCAGAUAACUCUACUCUGCUGAGAGGGCAGCUGCAAUGACUAACUUGGGUUUUUCUCCCCCUCUCUCUCCCAGGACACACUCUUACCACAUCGUUGAGCCUGUUUGUUGUGUUGAGCAAGCAGCGGGUGGAGACUAGAGUCUUGGGCGGGGCUUAGCAGGUUUGGAGGGAACCUGGCCGGGCUAGGAUUGCUGGCUUUUGUUUUUGCUGCCCAGCCUGGAGCUCUGCUCAGAGUGAGAUGAGAACUUGAUGGUUACUCCUCAGACCAGCAAGGGGGUGUGUGUGUGGUAAGCACUGUGGGUACAGCCAGUCACAGCACCCUCUGCCCUCCCACAGCCACUCACAGAGGCUAGUCUUGUUGACAUUUCUCCAGGUACCCUCAGUGCUUGUAGCAGCUGACCAUACCCGUGCUAUGGCUGAGAGUCAGUAGCAGUCCAACUGUGUGACUGUGACCAGCCUGGGUCAGAAGGAGGCUGAGGGGAAGGUGGCUCCAAGUGGGUACAGGGAAGAAACAUGGAGAAUCCUGGAACUGCGAGGCAGCCCACAUUUGGGGGUGGGUUGUCACCCUUGGCAAUGCUUUAUCUGUAGGGUUGACUGUCAUCAGUGCCUGAGCCCACUUCUCCACAUAAGAAGGGGGAGCAGGAAAGAAGGAAAGGGAGGGAAGUCCUUCCAGGUAGAGCCUGGGUGGGGGCAGCCUCCCGGAUGCCUGCAUUGCACCCUCACAGGGGAGAUGGAGCCACCCCAGUGUGUGGAGGAGCUGGAGGAUGACGUAUUCCAGCCAGAGGAUGGGGAGCCGGGGACCCAGCCCAGGAGCUUGCUCUCUGCUGACCUGUUUGCCCAGAGCCAGCUGGACUGCCCCCUCAGCCGUCUGCAGCUCUUCCCUCUCACGCACUGCUGUGGCCCUGGGCUUCGACCCACCAGCCAGGAAGACAAGGCCACCCAGACUCUCAGCCCAGCUUCCCCGAGCCAGGGUGUCAUGCUGCCUUGUGGGGUGACUGAGGAGCCCCAGCGACUCUUUUAUGGCAAUGCUGGCUACCGGCUCCCCCUUCCUGCCAGCUUUCCUGCAGGCUUGCCCCUUGGUGAGCAGCCCCCUGAAGGGCAGUGGCAACAUCGAGCAGAGAUACAGAUUGCCCGAAAACUCCAGUGCAUUGCAGACCAGUUCCAUCGGCUUCAUAUGCAGCAACACCAGCAGAACCGAAAUCGCGUGUGGUGGCAGAUCCUCCUCUUCCUACACAACAUUGCUUUGAAUGGAGAUGAGAACAGGAACGGGGCAGGUCCCAGGUGAGGCUGGGCUGCCCCCUUCGCAUGGGCACCAUGGAAGGACAUCGGCGAGGACUGAUACUGCGUCUUGUGAAGUUGUUGUUUUGCGUUUUUAUUUUUAAAAUUUCUCUGUGUACAUAAGACAUACCCAAGCAGGACCUCUUUCCCUGUUCAGGGCCUCAACCAGGAGUGGGGGCCUUCGUCAAACACUGUUGAAGUAGAGGCUGGUGUGUCUGUGACGUGGAACCUCCUAAGGGCUUGGACAAGUAGAUCCUUCUGUCAUCGGUUGUUGAAGAUGACCAGGUAGUGAUCUCCCACGAGUGGACUGUAGUUUUCCCACAGGAACUUAAGAGAUAGGAGCCUGGAUUAGCCUUGUGGUUCCACCAAACCUGUCAGCCUUCCACCGUGAAUGGAGCCCCUAUCCGACGGGUCACACUGCUUUAACCGCCCCCACCACCCCAGGGCCUCAGCCAGGGGCUUUCCAGCUGUGCAUGGCAACUUCACUAGGUCGGUCAGCCAGCUCCAUGUCUGGGCUCUCAUUGGGCCCAGGCAUCGCCCGCCCCAAGGGCUCAGGGAUUCUUGCCCAGCCCCUGUCAUCUCCAGCAGACCUCAGGGAGGGUUGGGUUUCUCCAUGGACCCUCAAAAAGUGCCGCAAAAAUGAACCAAACUUCUGGGUAGGCCUCACGUCUGCCUUGGUUCCACUUGGAAGCCCAGGAUUGGUCCUGAGGUGCAGAACCACUGCCCACUCUGGCUGCCCGGGACUGGCUGGGUGUCAACCAUGGAGGAGCCAAAUAGCCAGUCAAUGUGCUGUAGCCAGCAGCUGGUGCCUUUGUCGGGUCUUCUUUUGAAAGAGCCAGCCAACAGACUGCGUCCCACCCCCAACAGCAGCACUCUAGGGCCGGAAGAGACAGGACCGGACUGUGGAGGUGCUGGGAAACCAGGCGGCCAUCCCACCCAUAAGAGUAAGCCCUAGAGGAACCCAGACCCCUUGGUUUCCUUGGAAACCAGUUACCUCCUCCCUUUUAUCCCCAUUCCUUUCUCACACCUAGUGGGAUCCAGGAAGAAGCCAGCAUAGUGGCUUUGUCAGCUGAAACCUGUCUUUUAGAGUAACAGACCGUGAUCAGAGUGAGGAACUGUCAAAGCUGGGUGCACAUUUCCCGUCUUCCUUCAGCUUCCAGCCAGGCCAGAGAGGCAAGCUCUGGAACUCAGCAGGAUCACCACUGCCUCUGAACUCCUUCUUUUCUCUCCCUGCUGUGGCACUAAUGGAGAGAAUUUAAAGCAGCCCGCCUGGCAGAUCUGAGAGCAGACACAGGGAAUCUGAAAAGAUGCAGGGAAUCUGUUAACUGGACACCUAGAAAUUAAAUUAUCAUUUUUUCAUAUGUGAGCAAAGUUAACAUUGGUGCUAACGGUGAAGCAAGGCCCGAAGAAAAGAUGGCUUCCCUGGGCAGAGAAGGCCCCAGGGCUACCCAAGGAAACUGGAGGAGUCCAGAGCAGACUCUCAUAACUGAACAAGUCCCAGCUCCUCUGAUUGUGCAGAGAGGAGGUCUUCGUUACCACUGAAGGACACACUGAUCUGGAUGUACAGUCAGGCAGGUUGUUCACUGCACAAGGGCACCGGCAGAGGAAGGUGAUGGAAGCUAGAAUCUAGCCCAUGCUCUGCUCACUAAGUUGUAUGCCCUAGUGUCGGGCUGUGCCCACUUACAAGAAGGGUGCCUUUCCUAAUUUGCACAAAGGUGCCCUAUGAGCUCACAGUGGCUUGAAGAAGGACUUCAAUCUGUGCAUCAGCCUUGGUUUUGUUCUGCUUGGAUAUUCUAGAGGUAUUACCUACCUAUUCUUGGCCAGAAUUGUAUUCUCAGGGUGUGUACCAUGGUUUGUCUGCUAAGAAGAUAGGUUCCUUCUUAAAGAGAAGGAACCCAGGGAACAGGCAUGGAGACUGGUGCUGGGAUAGGCUGACCAUUGUGAAAUCCAGCCUUCUCUGUGGGUCUUCACACCAUUUUUCUGAUGUGCAGGGGACAUGUGUUAUUUUUCCCUCUCCUGGACCAAGGCUGUGACUGGCAGGGUGCCGGUAUAUCUUGAGUGGCACACAUAAGAAAACAGGAUUAUUUUUAUCAGCCACUUUUACCUCCUCUUAGCAGACUUGCCAUGUGAGCUGCGUGAGAGUGCAAAUAAAUGGUCCAGGCCUUGGUGCCUAGGCAAUGCCAUUGGCCUCAAGAGACCUUGCUGGGCUGAGCAGGAUGUCCAGUGGCCUGUCCUGAGAACUGAGCCCACAGUCUGAGAAGCUCAGUUGAACAUUGCACCUGGGGCUGGGUAGAGGGUGGUCUGACUGCAUUGUCUCCAUAUUCCAUGAAGCCAGGAACUAAUUCACUAUCCUAAGCAAGCCAGAACCAAAUGUGAAACGCCCCUCCUUCCCUUCCCGCCAGAACCCAGCAGGUAGAAUAGUCCCAGGAGGAAGAGGUUCCUCCUGGCUGGCUGUUUUUAAUUGGUGUAGCGAUCUAGACUGGCCUCUUCCCCCUCUGCUUGGUGACUUGGUCUGAACAUUCCUCAAGUUCAACCUCAGGAGACCCGUCCCUCCCCCUGGGCUCCCUCUCCCCAGCCCCCACCCCCAGGAGCUUGGCUGUCUCCAGUUAAGGGGUGGAGAAUCGGUUAGAGGGAGGGAGAGUCUGACCUGGCUCCUGACCUGUAACGGACUUGUGGAGCUUUUGUGGUUUGCUGAGGGUGGGGUUCGGGAGAGGGACUGGAAACUCUUCCCUGGUAGGAAUUGCCCUAUGGAGGGAAGGGAAGCCUGAUGUUCAGGGUCAAAACAACUCUCCUCAUUAAGAACCCCAGAGUAGGGGCUUCUGGAAGGUGGUAGAACUAGGGAGGGACCCCCCUCAGGCCAGCUGUCUGACUCACUCAGACAGUUCCUGGACUCAGCUGGGCCUCUAUGUUUGCCUGCUUCAAAGCCUGGGCUGGUGGAAGGCUGCCCUGGGGCCUUUUCUUGCUUAGUCCAAGGAUCACCUUCCUCAAGCUCCCAGGGCAGGGGGCUUAUGUGACAGGCAUGUCCUGAAUGCUCAGAGGGGCCCAGCUGACUUGUCUCUCUGUCCCCAGUAGCCCAGCCUCAUCCAAGGAUGGGUUGGACAUGGCAAGGAGGGACAUGGUCCAGCCAGGGCCUCCUCUACUUGGGGGCUGGGGAGCCACUGUGAUUGUCCUGGUUAGCACGCAGAGAGUUCUGAUGAAGUGAGGUGGGGCAAGUGAGGGAUAGCAGAAGCAGGCACAUCGGUUCUGUGGGGGCUUCUGCACAUUGGUGCUGCAGGGUCCCUCUGUGUGUGGGUGGGGACACCUUGGUGAGAGACCACUCAGGCUGACUCCUUAACUCAUUAGCCUGUGAAGCCUCCUGGGGACACUGAGCAGUGGGUGUCCAAGGCUGGUGGGCACUUUGAGCCUUGAGGGAACAGCAGAGCAAGCCAUGCACUUCGCAGAUGCGUCAGCCUCUCGGGCUGAAGGUGCUGAAGGCUGCAGGCUCCUAGUCUGCACUGCCCUUCUCUCUGCUCAGCAGACCAGUGCCUCUCCCUGCUCUGUGAGCAUCGCCCAGCAGGUUGCUCCAUCCCUGGGUCCACAAGGUCUGUGGGGGGAGACCUAGUGAGAAUGUAGCAUUUUGUCCCUCCCAAGUUAGCUGUCCUGGGUUCACUGCGCUCUGCCUCUGGGAGAGAGACAACAGAAGAGAGGGAGGGGAUGGGAACUCAUUGUUUCUAAACCUGUACAGGAUAUUUGGCUUUGUGUUCUUCACAUGCAUAUAUGUGUAUAUAUCUUUAUCCCCAUCAAUUGGUACAGUUUUUAAUAAAACCAUUUAAAGCAAAGC